UUGCGAGCUCGCCCUAAAGCCAAGAAGUCAGGCUCAUGGGAAAGACGAAGGUGUAUGCCGUUCGCAAGGGGAGGCAGCCAGGUAUCUACGAGAGCUGGGAUCAAUGCAAACGCCAGACUGAUGGAUUCAAAGGCUGUGAGUACAAGAGCUUCAGCUCCUUCAGUGACGCGGAGAGCUACAUGAACGGGAUCAGCCCAACCAAGACCGAGGCCGUACUUCGUUCGGUGACGGGCGAUGCAGCAGUCGCCAAGCCAAGACCGAAAAUCGCUUGCAUCUCCGCUGAUGCCGUCUCUGCCGAGGAACUCAUCCAUGUUUCCUCGUCCAGCUGCUCCAAGAUCAAGCAAGGAGCUGUACCGAUUCAAGCCGGACGAGUGUACCAGGUAGAGUUUGAUGGUGCAUCGAAAGGGAACCCGGGAAGAGCUGGAGCUGGAGCUCUUCUCAAAGACCCAGAUGGCAAUGUGGAAUGUGAGAUGAGCGAAGGUGUGGGUCACGCAACCAACAACGUUGCCGAGUACCGUGGCUUGAUCCUGGGCUUGAAAACAGCACUAGACAAGGGGAUUAAAAAGAUCAUUGUGAAAGGAGAUUCCAAGCUAGUCUGUGAACAGAUAAUGGAGCGCUGGAAAGUUCGGAAUGAAGGGCUCAAAGAUCUCUGGCAGGAAGCAAUGUACCUCAAAUCGCAGUUCUUGGAGUUUAAAAUCCAACACGUCGAUAGAGAAUUCAAUCCUCUAGCCGAUCAGCUGGCCAACAUUGGAGUCACACUGCCAGAGACCAAGUUCGUGAGCUCUUCAAGGAGUUGAGACGCUGUUAUUUUGCUGGAGCGCGAUCAUCCUUGCUGGGGCUGUUGCGGGACUUGGAUUUCCUCCUUUGGAUCGUUCUGGUAGAAGAA